ACUAUGCUCCUCGAGGAAUGCUAUACCUGUCUGAACAUUCACAGAGCAAACGGAUCGACAACGUCCCGAUAUACCCGAGUUCCUGAUUCAUGUACGGAGUACGGACAGAACCAAUCAAUGGCAUGUUAGGCUGGAAUGGAGAGCGGAUUCCGCAAAUCAGGGAAUGCGCUCUUAGUGCAGGUAAUUAAGUGGGGCAACAAGGCAGGUUUCCUUCUACGCCUUUUCCAGUAUGUCGAGGAAGUUCUGAAUCAAUAGCCGCUGCGAGCUAUGUCGGGCAAUCGGGCAAAAUCCUCCGACCCAACAAUGCGAUUGUUUCGGUAAUUGGCUGUCGGGGUUGAAAGUAUCUCGAUCGGAGUCUAGCAGACCGGCCCGAUAUUGUCUGUCACGCGGGAGUAUUUGUUAAAUCUGACGUUCACGAGACAUAAAGCGCUUAUUCAUACCGCAUCAUCAACGAUAGGAUAAAGCCCAAGACACUAGCAGGACAGGAUGUCCCGGCCUAUUCUGAUCAUCGGCGGCGGCCUAGGAGGCCUCUGCUUAGCACAAGCCCUCAGAAAACACAACAUCCCCUUCAAGCUAUUCGAAAAAGAUGCAGAGAUCGACUAUCGCCCACAAGGGUACAGACUGCGCAUCAGCGAGGACGGAAUCUACGCCCUCCAAUACGCCUUGACUCGAGAAAUAUACACACUCUUCGAACAGACAUGUGCCGCAGGUCUCGCAUUUGGGGUCCAAGUCAAACCGGACGGGUCACCCGUGGAUGCCGCACACCGUAUAGGACCCCCUCCCAUCAAAGGUCCCAAACCGUAUACAGUUGACCGGACCAUAUUCCGAAAAGUACUUCUCACGGGGCUGAAAGAUGAUGUGUUCUUCGGGAAGGCGCUCGAUCAUUACACGCUGCACGAUGACAAGGUCUCUGCGCAUUUCACGGAUGGGAGUGUCGAGGAUGGUGCCAUUCUCGUCGGUGCGGAUGGCGUGCGAUCGCGUGUUCGAAAGCAGCUUAUCCCUGGAGCCAAGGUUAUCGAUACGGGCAUGCGUGCCCUGUAUGGAAAGACGCCCAUAACGCCAGAGUUUCUUGCGCGGUUUCCAGAGCAAUACCAACGAGGAAUGAAUAUAGCCAUUGAUGACUCUGUUUCAGAGGGACAGGUGUCUCUGCUUUUCGAAUCUACGUGGUUCCCGAAUGCGGAUACUAUCUCUAAGCCUGAGCUUCCGAGUCCAUAUGUCUAUUGGGUGCUUGGAGCCCAUUCUUCGAGAUUAGGCGUCCCAGAUGAGAAGCUGCUGUGUCUAAGCAGUGAUGAAGCAGCUGAUCUGGCGAUCCAUAUAACGGAAAACUGGAGCCCUGGGCUACGGGCCGUCUUUGAAAUGCAGGGUAGGGGACAGGCAUCGACAUUAAGAAUCUCAUCCGCUCCGUUAGAUCUCCCCGUUUGGGAGAUUUCACCGCGGGUGACGCUGCUGGGCGAUGCGGUUCACGUAAUGCCGCCGACGGGAGCCUUGGGUCUUGUCACAGCGCUCAGGGAUUCGGCGGAUCUGGCUAGGAAAAUUGUCGAUGCUGGUGGCAUUGAGAACGUUGAUGCGAGUGUGAUUGAUAAUUAUGAGAGUGAAAUGAGAGAGUUUGCAAAGAUGGCUCUUGGAAGGAGUUGGCAAGGUGGUCUGAAGACUUUUGGACUCAGGCCGGUUGAGGAGUGUGAAAUGGUUGAUAUGUAGCCGCUGUUACUUUUCCUCUCAUAUUUCCUGUUCCCCUGUUUAAGUCUCAUCUUAGUAAUUCCCUUAAUCAUAUAUUGCUAUCUCGAGUGAGCGCAUCAGAAGGACUAAGUAGUCCUGCUCACGAAUCUAAUUUUUAUCACUCAUAUCUGUCAUCUGCUCGUUUCCUAGAGAUUUCAGAGCAAAGGUUACCAUGAAUU